AUGUCAAGAUAUAUAGUUACAUUUUUCACACCUAUUCUCGUUGGUUGUGGUAUAACAUAUAUGCUGAUGCGUGAUGAAGAUAAAGAUUUAACUGUAUUUAAAAAAGAACAAUUGUCAUCAUAUAAAAAGUAUCAUGAGAAUAAUGAACAAAUCUUUAAAUAUAUAAUGGAUUCUACAAAAGGUGAUAAAAUAGUUUAUUUUGCAAAGGAUGGUGAAGAUAAUCAAACAACAACAACAACUACUACUACUACACCUGUAACAACAACAACAGCAGCAACAUCAACAACUAAAACAUCACCAACAACUAAGCAAUGA